UCUUUUACAGCAAAGAGUAGAAUUUAAAUUAAUUUUUUUUCAGAUAGUCUGUUUCGAAUUUAUUAUCGCACAGGUAACUGUGCUGUGCUUUUAAGCAACUAAAACUCAACCAGAAAAGAACUUUGUUUAUCGUCUCAAAGGGCGAUGUCAUUUCUACGCAACUUGCAAGUAACUCCAACCACGGAGCAAGAGCGAUGUUGUCUCUGCCUGCACGUGAGGUUCGCCACAAUUCUUCUCGGCUGUUUUCUGAUUGCAGCAAACGCUAGUUCGAUUAUUUUCAUACCACUCACUCAAGUUGGUCUGCAAACUCAAAAUAGUUCGAUGACGUACGUUCCGCCGCCUGUCAAUCCCCAGCCGGAAACUCUAGGCGACGGAGCUGAGAAGAUGUCGACUACAAGUGAGCAUUCGGACGAGGAUCAACAGCAGUAUGUAAUGGCGUCGAGCCGUGUGGAACCUUUGAAGCAUUUUCUACAAAUAGCUGUGGCGACGAUGUUGGUCUACGGAGCACACAGUUACAAGUCGAUGUACUUGAUGCCUUUCAUGUGCAUCAGGUUCUUUAAUCUACUUCAAACUGUUUUGGGGAUUGCCAAUUUGUUCUCACAUACAGUUCGAGAAUAUGAGCGAGAGCCAGAGCUCAUCAUCAGUGAUCAAAACGGAGAACGAGUGGAAUCGAAUGACCAAACGAGCGAAAUGCAAGAUAUUGACUCAAUGGCGUCUUUAUCGGCAUCCAGAUAUGGGCUCCUGGCAACAGUUCUCUUCUUUUUCCUCUAUCUCAACAUCCUCAUCUACACUCUAAGCAUCGUCUGGAGGUGCUACAAGUUCAUUCUGAGACGCAACAGAGAGAACAUGCGCCGAGUAAAUAAUCUGGCGAAUGCGGCUGGAAGUGCUGCUUUUUGGGGACCGGACGGAUCAGUGAACCCACCAGUGUCCGGGAACUGGCUAACAGAACUGGAUCGUGAUGACCAGAAUGGCGACGAUGCCUCCAAUCCUGGAACUGGUGGAGCUUCUACUGCCCCUUUCAAGCUUCCGAAUUACUCAGAGGUGGCGAAGGAUCCACAGGGUAAGAAAUUCAUGAUCGUCAACAUGACCUCGACUGCUGGCAACUCGGGGAAUACUGUGAAUGACGAGGCGUGCCCGGGAUACUCGGGAUUGGCUCCGGAUUGUCCAGGGUACGAUGCACCACCAUUGGCAGAACCGGGAGUUCCGUCGGCCGAAACUGUGAUCGAGGGAACCGAAAACAUGGAUGGUCCACCGCCGAGCUACGAACAGGCGAGCGAGAGAUGUCAACAGGAUGUCCAAGUUGAUGUUCCAGAUUUGGCAGAUGGCGACGAGAGCGAAGUCCAAGUGUUCAACGGGACGCUUCAAGUGCAAGAUCCAGAGGCGGAAAACAAAAAUAGCGCAGCGUGAGAGAACUUGACUGUAUUUUGAAGGACUAGAAUUAAUAUCGUAUGUACUAUUUAUCGAUCGAUCUAGCAUUCAUAUUUAAUUAUCAAGAAAGUUAAUGAAACCAGUGUUGUUGCUAUUAAAUUGUUCAGUUUGCAAAGUUGAAGAGCUUCAUGAUCAUAAAUUUGUCGUAAUUUGGACACAGUUUUUUUUCCUGACUGUUGUUGCUUUUAAUUUUGAACGUUUUCUGCCAUCUACUAAAUAAAGUUUCGUGUUAUUCCCUUGAAGUAAAUUGAAUGUGUUCACUUUCGCUUGAGCGAGUGAUUGGAUAUUAGUAUUAAUGCAAUGCGUAUUAAAUGAAUUUAUAUGCAGAGCAGUUACACCACUUGGCAUAGCUUUUCCCUCUCAAAAUUGGUGUUAGAAAACUAGUAGUACUUAGUAAUGAUCAUUUCUAUAACCAGUUUCUUUCUGUGCUUACCUUUAUCAAUCAAGUUUGAAAACUCGAGAUUUUAACCAAAAACUUGCACCAUUAGACCGAUGCAAAAUUGAAGUAUUCCAGCUAGACGCCUAUCCUAGCAACGGUAUAGAUAACAUGUCGGGUUUAGGAAUGUUUUGACCCCUAUUACUAUUAUCUAAUUAAUUUUUUUUGCAGAAUUUUAUACGUAUAAAUAUGCAAAUACACACUAGUGGAUACAUGGAAAAAUUAAUUUUUGAUUAGUCAUAUAAUAUUAUGAUGAUUUGCUUAAGAAAACAUUUUUAAAAACUCCAUGAUCCACAAACUAAAAUAGCUGUUUAGUUGUGUCUAAUAUUGAUAGGCAAUACCACAAUUUACCCAACAUAUGUGCUUACAAUAUUCAACCCUAUCAAUUUUACCAAUUCAAUUUUCUUCCAUAA